GGCUAUUAAAGCGCCUGGUCAGGCUGGGCUGCCGCACUGCAAGGAUGAGGCUUCCUGGUUGGUUGUGGCUGAGUUCUGCCGUCCUCGCUGCCUGCCGAGCGGUGGAGGAGCACAACCUGACUGAGGGGCUGGAGGAUGCCAGCGCCCAGGCUGCCUGCCCCGCGAGGCUGGAGGGCAGCGGGAGGUGCGAGGGGAGCCAGUGCCCCUUCCAGCUCACCCUGCCCACGCUGACCAUCCAGCUCCCGCGGCAGCUUGGCAGCAUGGAGGAGGUGCUCAAAGAAGUGCGGACCCUCAAGGAAGCAGUGGACAGUCUGAAGAAAUCCUGCCAGGACUGUAAGUUGCAGGCUGACGACCAUCGAGAUCCCGGCGGGAAUGGAGGGAAUGGAGCAGAGACAGCCGAGGACAGUAGAGUCCAGGAACUGGAGAGUCAGGUGAACAAGCUGUCCUCAGAGCUGAAGAAUGCAAAGGACCAGAUCCAGGGGCUGCAGGGGCGCCUGGAGACGCUCCAUCUGGUAAAUAUGAACAACAUUGAGAACUACGUGGACAACAAAGUGGCAAAUCUAACCGUUGUGGUCAACAGUUUGGAUGGCAAGUGUUCCAAGUGUCCCAGCCAAGAACACAUGCAGUCACAGCCGGUUCAACAUCUAAUAUACAAAGAUUGUUCCGACCACUACGUGCUAGGAAGGAGAAGCAGUGGGGCCUACAGAGUUACCCCUGAUCACAGAAACAGCAGCUUUGAGGUCUACUGUGACAUGGAGACCAUGGGUGGAGGCUGGACGGUGCUGCAGGCUCGCCUUGAUGGCAGCACCAACUUCACCAGAGAGUGGAAAGACUACAAAGCCGGCUUUGGAAACCUUGAACGAGAAUUUUGGUUGGGCAACGAUAAAAUUCAUCUUCUGACCAAGAGUAAGGAAAUGAUUUUGAGAAUAGAUCUUGAAGACUUUAAUGGUCUCACACUUUAUGCCUUGUAUGAUCAGUUUUAUGUGGCUAAUGAAUUUCUCAAAUACCGAUUACACAUCGGUAACUACAAUGGCACGGCAGGGGAUGCCUUGCGUUUCAGUCGACACUACAACCAUGACCUGAGGUUUUUCACAACCCCAGACAGAGACAACGAUCGGUACCCCUCUGGGAACUGUGGGCUCUAUUACAGCUCAGGCUGGUGGUUUGAUUCAUGUCUCUCUGCCAACUUAAAUGGCAAAUAUUACCACCAGAAAUACAAAGGUGUCCGUAAUGGGAUUUUCUGGGGCACCUGGCCUGGUAUAAACCAGGCACAGCCAGGUGGCUACAAGUCCUCCUUCAAACAGGCCAAGAUGAUGAUUAGGCCCAAGAAUUUCAAGCCAUAAAUUGCUAGUGUUCAUCUCUCUGGGCACUCACUAUCUAAGAGGACGAUGAAUUCCUUCAGCCCUUUACCAUAUGUCUCAGUUUAUAUUCCUUUCCUAUGGCUAAACAUUUCCUUUAAAGCUUUACAGCUUUUAGAAUAAAGCUGAAAAGAUCUAAAAAGACUCCUAUGUUGCUGUUAUAUGAGGAAUGCUUGAAAGCACUGGAAAUAUUGACAAUUAUACAUUAUAAUUGCAAAACCUUUCAUUUUUAUUAGUUGAAAAGUUUCCUAAUAUUUUUAUUAUUUUUAUAAUAAAAACUAAAUUAUUCAGCAAGCUAGAUUCUAUAUACGCAAGUUUUAUUUUCACUAGGGCUAAAUAUACACAUUUGAGAAUAUACCAGUCCUUCCAGGUACAACUGAAAGCCAAGAACUGUAGUAUUAUCUUUCGUCUAAGAAGAACUUAAAGCAUUUUAGUUCUCAAGAAGAAGGGCAGGGAUGGGAUUGGGGGCCAGGGACAAUAUGUAUAGCUAAAUGUAUUCAUCUAAUGCAAAAUAUGGCAUUAAAAUACCUAAAAAUGUGGUAGCAUAAUAUAUGUCUCUUCCCUCUCCAAUUGAAAAAUAAUGUUACCCUGUAGACUUUGGUUUAGUGGUAAUUCACUUACUGUUUAUAGCCUGUUAGACCGCGAUACAAAAGCUGCUUUAUCCUCUCCCUCUGCUCUCUGUGCACAAUGGUUUGUGAUGUAAGGUGCUAGACUACUGUAAGGUUUCCUUGGGGAAAGGCAUGGUAAGGGAAAACACACUGGUUUAUAUUUUGAAAGCCAAUCCUAAUCCCAAAGCAAUACUGUUGUCGAGGAGUCAACGUUCUAGGAAGCUGACUUUUCUAGAACAAAUGUAUUUAUUAGGAUGAAUUUUGGAAUUUUAGUUUAAAUAUUAUACAUUUUAAUCCUAAGCAGUCAAUUGCUUAUUUCAUUCUUAGAAAUUCAAAGAAUAUAUACAAUUUUAGCCAAAUGUGAGUCCCUGGAAUUCCUUACUUGUGGAUGUCAAGGGUCACAUUAAAAGGCUCUGGGGGCAGUUUCACUCACUUUAUUCUUGUGAAAAGGGGUCACUCAGAGAGAAACAACCCAGCCGCACACUUAAACGUGCUCUUGGGUGGAAUCUGAAGUGCCGCAUGCAGUCAGUCACGUGGAGUAACUGACUGUACAACAUGCACUGUCUAAGCAAUAACUUUGAUCUUUAAGUUUUGGUGUAGCUUCUAAUAUACUAACCAAGCUUUUGAAAUAUAUGCACAAAGAUUCCACCUUAGUUAUUUUUAAAACAUAACUAGGGAGGAUAUUUAUUGUCUUGACUACUUAAACUUUCAAACAUGUAGCCACUGUAAAAAAAAAAAAACUUUACAAAGAGCAAGAUACUAUUUUUGAAACAUGCAACAUGAAGUUUUCAGGUGAAUACAGUGACAACUAAGCUAUUAAUAAUAUAAUUAAAUUGCCAGCGUAAGCUAAAUGCAUGCUGAAUUAAAUGACCAAAAUAUAACGUAGAUUUUAAAGCCUUUACCUACUUGGUAAAACAGUGAAUGUAAGUGGCAGUAACCAAUCUUAUUUCUUUUUGCUUUUUAAAAAAGACUAAGAAGAUUUUGAUAUUAUACAAUUCAUGUGUUUCAAAUCCUGUUUAUUAUAUGUAGCCAUAUAAGUCUAAUGACAUUUCCAUAAUGAAAAUUGAUUUACCAUAGCAAAAAUACUAUGUGUUCAUCCUGAGUGUGUCUUUCUCAGGGUAACAAUGAAUCCAUGUAAAUACUUUAUCUUUGCACUUCCAAUGGAUCCAAAUGUUGUUUUCUAUUAUAGUCUAUGAUAUUCUUCUAAUAAUUCUUUAACACAGAAAUUUAUUUUUGAAUCAUUUUCUGUCACUCAUUUAAAAAUAUAUUGUAGACUUUGAUAAUCUCUAAUCUGUUUAUUGAAAUAGUCCUUAGCCUUAACAAUUCACUGAUAUAUGCUGAUGUUCAUUAAUGUACACUAUUUGCCAAUAUGUAUUUUUAGAGUCUUGGCUUCAUUUGGGUGGCUAGCACUGAUCUUAAUGAUCACUUUAUUGCUGAACAUCAUUAUUCUUUAAAAAUGCCAAGUGGAACUAAUUUCUUAGGAAUCCAGUUGAUUUGCCUGUCACGAAACGAGAAAGCCAUCUCUCUGAAAAGUAGUAACGCAGCAAAUGUCCUCAGUUCUCUGGUGGACAGAGCUCGUGUGCGAGGCUCAAGGAGCAUUAGAAUCCCAGGAUGGGCUGGACCUGGAUUUUUCAGUAGCUGCCCCUCACUCUUCGAUAAGUUUUCAAGAUAGGUGGAUAUAUGCAAUUUCCAUGAACUCUUGUUUAAGAUUUAUUUUCAUUGAUGUAUAAUUAAGGUUAUGUUUAAUGUUUCUUUAAAGCCUUGUAAAAUAAAAGUUAAUCUUUAUAUCUAUCCUUCGAUGUG